AAACCAAAAGUCACUUAGUUUUCGAAUCGAAACGCUGGCCGAGUGUCGUGCGAAAUACUAAUUCUAGUCCAAGGCGCGCGAUCGAACCCUUGAAAACAGGAAGAAUGUUUGCCCUGCGAGUGGCCCUUCUCCUGGUGGCCUGUGUGUCCUUGGCCUCGGCAGGAACUCGGCAACUGGCCGUGGACGCUCAGCCGCCGGCGACGUUCGCCACUGCUCCACAGGAUUACCGCCUGCCCGACUUCGUCACACCGGUUAACUACAACAUUACGCUGCGACCGUAUUUGCUGGAGACCGACGGUUCCAAGAGGUUCACCUUCGACGGCGAGGUGUUUAUCGAGGUGAUCUCGAAUAAAACCACAGACGAAGUCUACAUCCACUCGAAAAACCUCAUCUAUUCGGUCAGGGAGUUCUGGCAGAAGCCAACAGCCGCAGUGCCCAAUCCCACGGUCAUCCCAUUCAGUAACCUUGCAGCGAACGAUGAUACGGAUAUUACGAAGCUAACGUUAUCAAAUACUUUGACGGCUAAUACGGCAUAUAUUCUGCACUUCGUGUACACCGGUCUGAUGGAGGACGAUAUGCACGGCUUCUAUCGCAGCUCCUAUGUGGACGACAACAAUGUCACCAAGUGGCUGGGAUCCACCCAGUUCCAGACCCACCACUCCCGUCGCGCCUUCCCCUCCUUCGAUGAGCCCCAGUUCAAGGCCACCUUCGAUGUCACGCUGCAGCGACACAGGACCUUCAACUCGGCCAGUAACACCCGUCUGAUCUCGUCCUAUCCCACCUCCGAAGAAGGAUAUUUCGCGGACGUGUACAAGACGACACCCAAAAUGUCCACCUAUCUCCUGGCCUUCAUCAUUUCCGAGUUUGUGGCCCGUAAGGAUGACGACUUCGGAGUUUAUGCACGUCCCGAGUACUACACCCAGACCCAGUACCCCUACAAUGUGGGCAUUCAGAUUUUGGAGAAGAUGGGCAAGUACCUGGACAAGGACUACUACUCUAUGGGCAACGACAAGAUGGAUAUGGCCGCCAUUCCUGAUUUCUCGGCCGGAGCCAUGGAGAACUGGGGUCUGUUGACCUACAGGGAGCGUUCCCUGCUGGUGGACGAGUCGGCGACCACCUUGGCCUCCCGCCAGUCCAUCGCCGCCGUGGUGGCUCACGAGCAGGCGCACAUGUGGUUCGGUGAUCUGGUCACCUGCAAGUGGUGGAGCUACACCUGGCUGAACGAGGGCUUCGCUCGCUAUUUCCAGUACUUUGGCACCGCCAUGGUCGAGGACAAAUGGGAGCUGGAGAAGCAGUUUGUGGUGGACCAGGUGCAGUCGGUAAUGGCCAUGGACUCCACCAACGCCACCAAUCCGCUGAGCGAUGAGAACACCUACACGCCCGCCGAUCUCAGCCGCAUGUUCAACAGCAUCUCCUACAACAAGGGUGCCACCAUCAUCCGUAUGAUCAAGCACACCAUGGGCGAGAAUGAGUUCCAGAGGGCCCUGCAGAAAUACCUGACGAAAUACGAGUAUCGGGCGUCUUUGCCCGAAUAUCUUUUGGGUGCCUUGCAGGCCGAAUGGCCCACCUCCAGCUACAAUGCCAGCUCCGAGGAUAUAUUCAAGAGCUUCACCGAGCAGGUGGGCUACCCACUAAUUAGUGUAAAUGUUGGCGACAAGACGGUCAGCUUCACCCAGAAGCGUUUCCUGCUGAAGGAGAGCGACGGUUCCGACUCAUCCUUGACAUACACUGUGCCCAUUUCCUACACCACCAGUGAAGCAAACAACUUCUUGAACGCCACGCCAAAGUUUAUCCUGAGUCCCAGCAGAACCACGACUGUUAGCUUCCCCUCAACACCGAAAUGGAUUGUGGUCAAUAUCCAGCAGACCGGAUAUUACCGCGUCACCUACUCGGAGGACAAUUGGCAUGCCAUCCAUCAUGCUCUGGCCACCGCUAACUGGGGUGGAAUUCACGAGAACAAUCGCGCCCAGAUCGUGGAUGAUCUGUUCAAUCUGGCCAGGGCUGGCUAUGUCUCGUACAACCUCACCCUGGACGUGAUCGAGUACUUGGAGACGGAGACGAACUACAUACCCUGGACAUCGGCCUUCAACGGCUUCAACUACCUGACCAUCCGCCUCGGAAGCGACACGGCUGACUUCAACAACUAUAUUCAGACCCUGACCAACAAGGCCUACAAUCAGCUGGGCUUCAAUGAGUCUUCGAGUGACACAGCCUUGGAAAUUUACCUGCGCACCAAGAUCCUCUCCUGGGCCUGUCGCUACGGCAGCUCCGAUUGCAUCAGCAAGGCCCAGGGCUACUUCCAAUCGCUGACCACCGUGCCCAAGAACAUUCGCGCCACCGUCUACUGUGUGGGUCUGCGCGAAGGUGGCGAGGCCGAGUUCCAGGCUCUGUACAACAAGUUCAAGCAGGAGACCGUGGCCACCGAGGAGACGCUGCUCCAGAACUCAUUCGGCUGCGUCAAGACACAGGCGCUGGUCGAGAAGGUCUUCGAUCUGAUCAUCAGCGACGAGAUUCGGCGACAGGACAAGUCCUCCGUGCUGUCCACUCUCUACACGGAGAACAACGAGAACGUCAGUCCCGUGUUCGCGCUGGUCACUCAGAAGCACGAGGCAUUGGCCAAUGCCAUGGGCGGCUACUCCGCUGUGGCCACUGUGAUAUCCAACAUCGCCGCCCGCUUCACCACCGAGAAGCAGUUGACCGAUCUGCAGAGCUUCAACAAGGCCAAUGGCGCCAAAUUCGGCAGCUCGGAGGCCACUUUGAUUGCCGCCGAGGCAACCGUUAGGGAGAAUUUGGAUUGGGCAACAGCCAAGCUGGGCGUUUUCCGCAGCUACCUGAGAAACUAUCGCAGUGGUAGCGCCAUGGUCAACGCCUUCAGUGCCCUCAGCCUUCUGAUGGUGGCCCUGGUCACCAUGCUGCGUAACUGAGCAGGGAUUAGCGAUCGGGUCAGGAGUAGUCCCUAGGCCAUAAAGUAUUUGUACGCAAAAAAGCAGCCAAUAAAGUAACACCAUUUUGUCGAUAA